AUGAAUUGCCCUUCACGCAACGACGGCCUCACCAUCAGCCAUCCCAACUGGAACCAGAGCCCCCCUUACCUCGCCGCAGAUCUCACCACCUGUGAGGAUCUCAACGGCAAAGCCAACGCCCGUGAGCGCCGUGACGACGCCAGCGGGGGUGGAGGAGGGAACGGUGGGCCUGCCUCUGAACUCGACGCCGACAAUCACUUCACCCAUCCGCGCUGCAUGCCCGCCGACCAGGCCACCGCGGGCCCCGAUGCCCGCUCCGGACGAUGCGUCGGCAUCGUUGCCGACCAUCUCCGGAUGAAGGACGUGCUUGGUGGUGAAGACCAACCACGUUCCCACGCCGUGAUCCAUCAUCAGGCUGCUUCUCCCGCAAGGAGCGCCUGGGGCUGGAUUACAUGGACAGCCUCUGUCCUGGCGUGUUCCCUCAUCCUCUCAAACCUCCGCACCUCAGGAAUCCCCUUUCUCUCGUCUCCAUCUGCCUCUUCGUCGUCGCUCUCUGGCCUCUCGCCUCCUCACGCAUCGCCUGCCGCUCAGUGCGCCCCGGUCUCCCCCGUCUCCCCCAUCAUGGCCCGCCCCAUGACCAGGCGCGACAGUACCUGCGGCGGUGGCGGCGCCAACAUCCAUGAGUACGAUCUGCCUCUUCACGUCGGCGCCCUCUUCAUCAUUCUCGCCGUCAGCUUCCUCGCUUGUGCUUUCCCCAUCAUUGCCAAAAAGGUCCGAUGGAUGCGCAUCCCGCCCAACUUCUUCUUCGCCGUCCGUCACUUUGGUACUGGCGUGCUCAUCGCCACCGCCUUCGUCCACCUGCUGCCCACGGCUUUUGGUCUGCUGGGUGAUCCCUGCCUGUCGAGCUUCUGGACGAGUGAUUACCCUGCCAUGCCUGGCGCCAUUGCACUCGCCGCUGUCUUUUUCGUCGCCAUUAUUGAGAUGGUCUUCCAGCCCGCUCGCCACAUCAUCCCCGAUGGUCCUGUGCGUCGCGAGGUGACCAGCUCCAACUCGGACGACGAUGGAGACGACACCGACGUCGUUCCUCCCGUCGUCAAUGGUCACCGACGCGGCACUUCGAACAGCCUCGGCCGCCAGCUCUCCCGCAUCAGCCAGACUGCCGACAUAACCACUGCGCCCAUCCAGCCCCCGGUGAUGCCGAACAAGGAGGCCCGCACCAUCGAGGACGCUCUGCCGCUCACAUCGUCCCAUGUUCUCACUCCAGCCCAGCAACACCAGAAGGCCAUUCUCCAGUGUAUGAUGCUCGAGGUCGGCAUUCUCUUCCACAGCAUCUUCAUCGGCAUGACCCUCGCCGUCUCGGUUGGCUCCGACUUUGUCAUCCUCACCAUUGCCAUUGCCUUCCACCAAACCUUCGAAGGUCUCGCUCUCGGCUCGCGUAUCGGUGCCAUCGACUGGCACGAAGGUGCUCUGCAGCCGUGGCUCAUGGCUCUUGCCUACGGCUGCACCACGCCGCUCGGCCAGGCCAUCGGCAUCGCCACGCACACGCUGUACGACCCCAGCUCGGAGUUUGGCCUCGUGCUCGUCGGCACCAUGAACGCCAUCAGCUCUGGUCUGCUCGUCUUUGCGAGCCUUGUCGAGCUGCUGAGUGAGGAUUUCCUGAGCGAUGAGAGCUGGAAGGUUCUUCGUGGUGGGCGCAGGAUUGUCGCUUGCGUGCUGGUGUUCCUGGGCGCCUUCGGCAUGAGCGUCGUCGGUGCUUGGGCUUAG